AUGACUAACAGAAUAAUGACUAAUGUUGAAGAAGGUAACAAAUCACAAGCUACAGGUACAUGUGACACACUUGAAGAUAAUGAGAAAAAAGAUAAAAUAAAAGGUGAAAGAGAAUCAAAAAAAUCAGGUCGUACAGUAAGUAAUAUGGAUAAAACAUCAGGAGUAAAGGAAAACAUAACACAUAAUAAGAAUUCUUGUACAUCACAAAUGGCUGACGCCCCAAAGGUAAUAUUACACCACAAGGAUUCAGUUAAUGAGAAAUUAAAAAGUGGAAAAGGGGAUGGUAAUGAAUCAUAUAAAAAAGAAGUAGAUAUUUGUGAAGGGAGUAAAAAAGACGGAGAUAAUAAACAGAAAGUGGUUUGGGAGUAUUUAUGA